AUGCGUGUGCCAAAAUCUCCCAAUGCACAAUGGAGUAGCAUAUUAUCUUUCAACUUCUCUGCUCUUUUCAUUGCCAUUACCUUCUUUUCUCCGAUAGCUGUUGGUCUUACCUACCAAGAAGCUAUCGGCAAAGGAAAUGCUCUUUACUGCUUGAUGAGCAACACUGCCGAUGGAGCCGAGGAAUACAUGCAGACUUUUAAGGCAGGUGUUCCUGUGGCAAGUAGCUGGACAGAAUACAGUUCAUUGAGUACUUGGGGUUGGUCAGAUAAAGCCAACCCUGAAGCCUCGUACGACCAGGUUUUGGACAAUUAUAUUGGGACAACCUUGGACCUGGAUACAGAUGAUGGUAUUCCAGUCACUCACAACCAAGAUGAGAUCGUAACUGUGGGCAAUGUCGAGUACCCAAACAGCGGAGGAAUGUACUCAAACGUCUUCUAUGUUGAGCAAGGUCUGAUUGUUGCGGAUGAGAACUUCAGUCCACAGAGCAGAGCGCCAGAGUUCGUAGCAAAGGGAUACCCAUAUGUCAAGCUGAAGCAGUGGUCUGACGUUGUAUUCCUCGACUGGCAAAAUCAGUGCAGUACAAAUGAUGGUGAUAUAACCAACUUGAAUUACUUCAUUCGGUUUAGCAUCGCGAAUUUGGACGCUGGAUCAGUCAUUGGCGAGGUUACCGGCGGGGCAACGAUUGGAGGAUAUAAGACGCCGAUGAAAUUUAACGCGGGGUCGGAUGAGUUCAACGCUCUACUUGGAACCCCAAAUGGAAGCGGUGUUGCAUGGUUCUUGAUUAACCAUAAGGCGCAAUUGGGCACAAAGACACUCGCUUCUAUCUCGCUUUUCAGGUCGAAGGACCCGCUUGGUGGAGAUCCGGUAACAAACAUGGCAUUUGAAGUCAUCGACUGGUCAGAAUCAUCAUAG